AUGAUGAUCCUGAAGGAACCCCUCUGGAGCCGUAGCCUGGACCUCAUCCUGCCCACCACUGUGGUGUCUACAGCUGCACAACCACGCGUGACCCUGCUGCCUACAGUCAAUGGGAGUGACCCAAUAUAUGAUGAUAUGGAUGGCCACUGGCCAGAGAUCCCAGAGAGGUCACCAUGUGUAGCUGGUAUCAUUCCUGUCAUCUAUUACAGCGUCCUACUAAGCCUGGGACUGCCUGUCAACCUCCUGACUACAGUGGCCCUGGCCCGUCUCGCCGCCAGGACCAGGAAGCCCUCCUACCACUAUCUCCUGGCGCUCACAGCUUCAGAUAUUGUCACGCAAGUGGUCAUCGUCUUCGUGGGCUUCCUUCUGCAGGGAGCUGUCCUGGCCCGCCAGGUGCCCCAGGCUGUGGUGCGCACGGCAAACAUCCUGGAGUUUGCUGCCAAUCACGCCUCAGUCUGGAUUGCAGUCUUGCUCACAGUGGACCGUUACAAUGCGGUGUGCCGCCCCCUGCGCCAUCGGGCCACCGCGUCCCCAGGCAAGACCCACCGCGCCAUUGCCGUCGUCCUUGGCGUUGCCCUGCUGACAGGCAUCCCAUUCUACUGGUGGCUGGAUGUGUGGAGGGACGCAGACCCCCCCAGCACGAUGGACAAAGUCCUCAAGUGGGCUCACUGUCUCAUUGUCUACUUCAUCCCUUGCAAUGUUUUCCUGGUCACCAAUUCAGCCAUUAUCCUCCGGCUACGGAAGAGGAGCCAGCGAGGGCUGCGGCCCUGGAUGAGCAAGAGCACGGCCAUCCUCCUGGGUGUCACCUCCCUCUUUGCUCUCCUUUGGGCACCACGCAUCUGUGUCAUGCUGUACCACCUGUAUGUGGCCCCCGUUCACCGGGACUGGAGGGUCCACCUGGUCUUGGACAUAGCCAACAUGGUGGCCAUGCUCAACACGGUUGUCAACUUUGGCCUCUAUUGCUUCAUCAGCAAGACUUUCAGAGCCACAGUCCGACAGGUCAUCCACGAUGCCCACAUGUCAUGCACCGUGAAGUCACAGCCACAGGGCACGGAGGUGGAACUUGUGUUGAAGUCUGUAGGGCCAGAGAUGUAG